AUGGCUCACCAAUACCAUACUAGCUUCCUUUUCAAUGUCAAUGAGCUUUAUGUUAAUGAGGAUCCCGAGAACGGAGGUAGACCUCCGAGGGUAAACGAGAAUGGACGAUGGGUGCCACCCGUCUAUAGAGAUGGUUUCUUACCUCAGACUCCCGGGCGAAUGUUUAGAUGGAACAACGGACAUAUCGAAUAUGCUGGGGCCAAUUACCAAUGGUUUGGCGGGCAAGGUUUGACCUACCCGAACAACGAAACGCUUCAACAUUACAGUAGUACAACUUUGUUUUGGUGUAAUGAAUUUACGCAGUUUCAAAUGAUGGAAGCGGAUGCAACAACGAUAGACAUCGCAACUUCAGAUUUCCCAUACAACAGAUGGUAUCCCCUGACUUUUCGAUACGAAAGAACACUUUCAAGGGUAUCUGCUUCUGUGGAGGAGCAAUAUCUUGCUGGGAGAGACGGGGCUUGGAUUGCUCAGCUUGGGCUUCAGGCCUACCGCAAUCGUAGGAACCGACCAACGGAAGGACUCGCUGGCAAUCUUGCUACCAUUGUGGCAUUGGUGGCAUUCUCUUGCACUGAUGAUGACACUCUAUACAAUGUUCUAAUCAAUAAUCUUGCAUGGCGAGGGCAGUUAAGGGUUUACGAUGCAGAACAUGGAAGACGUCCUGAGAGAGGAGUAGUGAGCAACAUCUACCUAGACCCAGAGAAUCCGAAUGGCUCUACAUAUGAUGCGCUCCGUCAUCUCGAAUGGACGGACGGACCCAUUGUUUACUAA